AUGAAGUUUCGGCUGAACGCUCUCGACGAUGGCGAAAACUGCGAGAUCACCGAGGGUGAUUGGACGAUUCGCUUCUCACUGGCUGGUCUUCUGCCGCCGAUUGUUUUGCCGAAUAAUGUCCGAGUUUCCCAGGUUUACUCGCUUCCGUUCUCAAAUGAGGCCUUUUGGCUCUCCAUUGGGCUCUCCAAGAAAGGCGAAGGAAUUCCGUUCAAGGCGGUGACUGAUAGCGACUCUUUCAUCAGCAAGAAGGGGGGAAACUCGCACUCGAUAUGCAGCCUCGAAUUUUCGUGCCCAGCUUUUUGCAAAAGCAGCAAAGGCCCAGCAAAAGUUGCCAGAAACAGGGCGGCGAAAUGCAAAAAAGCGGCCGAGGAAGAAUUCAAGCGCUGCCUAGAAGAAUGCAUCUUCGUUGAUUGCGUCGAUGAAUGCCAGAAUCAAUUUCGGCGUGAACUGGAAACAUGUCCCUGCUGGCAAAACGACGAGUCUCGAAAUCGCUGUACGGAGAGAACGGUCCUUGAUCUCGAGCAAUAUCGUAUCAUGGUCGACGAUCUACAGGAGCAUGCGAAUGGCCUUGAACGCGAAAACCAGAAGUUGAAAGACGAAAUUGAAAUGCUCAAUCAAAAGUCCCAGAAUCUCAAAACUGAGAAUGAAAGACUUUCUAGCGAGGAAAAACGACUGAAUACAAGAAAUUACAAUUUGUGGAAAAAACUUCGAGAAAAAGAUUCGGAAAUAAAGAGGCUUCAAACUGAGAAGGAAAAUUUGAUCGCUGCCAAUGAAGAACUAAGAACAUCGAAAACAGCUACAGAGGAAGUGCAGACUGCCUUGGCUGAAAUCAAGGAAGAUUUAGAUGAAACAAAAAUGGAGAAAAGCGAGAUUCAAGAAGAUUUGGACAUUGAAAGAAUCAGAAAUUCUGAUCUUCAAAGCGAAAUCGAAUAUUGCAGAAAUGAAAUUCAGGAAGAAAAAGAGCAAUGCUUAAAGACUACUCAGGCUUUGACAAUUGAUCUUGAGCGGACUGAAGAUGAAAAAGAAGCAAUAGAGACGCGAAUGUCAAAUUAUGAAAAAGAUUUGGAGAAACUCGAGUUCGAAAAUAAAAACUGCUUUGGCCGCGAGAAGAAUUCAUUGAUGGUUCUUUCUGGCUAUAGGUCUAAAACUAAGUUUCUUAGCUACGUUCUCAAACCUGACGGAAGCGAGAGUCAUCGAAGAAUCAAGAUCCCUUCGUCAAAUAAACAAUUCCAUUACCUUUACGCUGCAAUUUCUGCUUUGAUCCGUGGAAAAAUCUAUAUUUUUGGUGCAGGAGGGAUCAACGACUCUGGACUUAGGAUAAGAAUGAUAAGUGGCUGUGGAAUCAAGGAGUUAGAUGUCAAACUCAACAAUCAAUAUUACUGGGGCUCUUCUGUAGUUACGGCGGCUGAUCAACAAUCAGCGAUGAUUUGCUUUCCGGAAGAUGAAGAACGAAAAAAAUGCGACGAAUUUGAUGGAAGUGCUGUAUCAAUAAAACCGGCGACCAAAUACUCGCACAAAAAUUCUUGUUUGGCGCUCUACAGCGACCAACCAGUUGCAGUCAGCUCUCAUCUUUCUGACGGCUACAAGAAAGUGGAGAAAUUCGACGGCGCUACUUGGACGGAAAUGGAAGAUUUUCCAAAGGCAAUUUUGGUUCACUCCUGCAUUGGAGUCUUCGACGGAUAUCUUCUCUUGGGAGGUUCAUACCAAGAAAAUAAUGAAUAUUACAGUUCAAAAGAUGUUUAUUUACUUCGCGACUCAAAAUGGACCGUGGUUGGCAAACUUAAUGAAAAACAUUGGUACUCUUCUGCAACGCGAAUUGGAAAUACGAUUUAUCUUGUUGGGGGCAGCAAGGAACCUUUCGCCGUGGAGAAACUAGAAUGGGAUGGAGAAGAAAUAUCCUCGGCAAAAGUCAUCAACAACCAUUCUGGUGAUUUUCCUCGACCGAUAAUUUUCCCCGUCGAUGAAUUUUACUGCACAUAA